ACCUGCUAACCUAUCACUAUUUACAGGUGUUAUAAAAUAUAUAUAUCUUUUCCGGCAUUUAGUCCAAGUAGUCUGUAGAACGAACAUGUACAUGUACGUACAACAAAACAGACCAUGUAAAGGGUAAAUAUACGACAGUUUGUUCAGACAGAUGACUUUUGUUUAAGAAGAACUGAACUGACCCCAUCAUAAUGAAUGUGACAACAGGAGUCAACCAGGGACUGUUGUUUAAAGAGCAUCUGUACUACUCAAAGGGUCAAUCAUCUGUCCGUAAAAAGAGACAAGUUAUGCUUAAAGAGAAGAAAAUUGGAGAAGUCUAUUCUCUGUACAAGCUUGUGGACGUUCGCUUUCAACCAGAGGAAUUGUGUUUUUUGGAGAAAGAGGAACUUGAGUUUAAAGUCCAAAGCCCUGUCCAGCAUCUCUGUGGAACGGUAGGGAAACAAUGGCAGCUGAAGCGUUUCCAUACUCUGUAUGUUUUGACCUAUGAUAUUCAGAAGAAGACAUCAAGUGUUCAGAGAUUUUAUGAAGAAUCUAACAAUGGGGAGGGUCACCUCAAGAUAGCAACACUAAAAAGAAAACUGGAAUCAAUUCUAGGACCACGUCUCUCUUGGUUUGUGGAUACUGUUGAAGAAGACGGAUUCAGACCUUCAGACAAACUCAGACUUUUGCUUACCUCACAAAACCUGUGUUUACUGGAUCAUAAACUACAACUUCUCCACUUCCAUCAGCUAGACAGAAACAACCAUGAUAUCACCAUCAGUUUUGAUGACGAUACAAAAGUGCUAACAAUGAACUUCAAGCAGAUUUGUCCGUGGUCUAACAAUUUUCAUACUCUAAAGUGUGUACAGGUGCGGACUGGACUUGGUGAAGAAAUCAAGAGUAAGGUGGAGGGAAUGUUGAUGGGGACGCUGCGAUCCACCAGGCGUGUUCUUAGUUGGAUCAUUGAUACCUUAGAUAUACCCAGUGAUCAGGAAGAUCAUGAAAGUGAGGAGGAAAUUUCUCCACCAAUGCCACAUCUUCAAAACAUGGAUGUGGCACUUCCCCCGCCAUGUACACUUUUUAACAGAAUCGCAGUUGAAAAUGAUGAUCGUGCACAAUCUGACUGUAUUCCCAAACUUGUUCUACCCCGAAGGACAAAUCUGUUCCGAGCAGAGAGCAUGAAUGACCUGUAUUUAUCGCCCAGAGGGGAAUAUGUAAAUCAUGUCUAUGUGAACGAAGAGUACAGAAAAGCUCACUCAAAAAGUGCACAUGAGGAUGGCAGUUACUACAGUAUAUACUAUAGUAACACGGGCUGGAUACAAUGUCUCAGGCCUGCUAGUCCAUUCAGGAUUGUUCGACGCAGUCGACUGAGCAACGAGUUUGGUGAUGUAGACUUUACAGCAAUGAAAACACAUGAAAAGUGGUUUGAUCAGAGUUUCCAAAGACGAAGCUUUGACAAAGUUUACUCGAGACUUGACGAGAAUUCAACAAGUCCUAAAGAAGUUUGGAAUCCUGAUGAUGUUUGCUCUUUAAAUAUACCCUUGACUGCCUCUCCUUGUGAAUCUGGUGCUGACGAUGAUCAGUACUGGAACACAGAUCUGUGCCUGUGUAUUCACCGAGCUUUUGAGUGUAAUCUGAGGAAGGCAGACCUGAUGGAAACCUUUGAUGUGACAUGGGAACAACUGCUGGCCCUUUUCAUUCAUCUAGACGUCAACACGCUUCACGUCAAAGCCAGGGACUGGAAGGACUUGGCAGGAAUACUGGAGCUCACCUUACGAGAUAUAGAAAUCAUCCAGCAUUUCUGCUACACCUACCGUGAGUGGCCAAUGUUCAUCCUGCUGUCCUACUGGAGGAUGUUGGCAAGCCGAUCCCACCCAGUACAGCCCGCGUGUUGUCACUCAGGGCUCAGACAUGUACUGGAACAACUGGGCAGAUCAGACCUUCUGAAAAUUCUCACCACCAGAAACACCAAUGAACACAUUCAAGGGGCACAGGAAGACGAAAACACACAUUUUUAGUGCCAUUAUAAAAUACUUUGUACUGUUAAAGAUUUACUUUUUCUGUAUUUUUCAAGCUUCUGUGAUAGUUGUUCAUAUGUCAGUGGCGGUGCUUCCCUUAUAAUGGUAUUGGUGGCAUCAACUGCGAUGUCCCUUGAUUGACAUCAGUGUGAUUUCUUAUAUAUAUUGGUCCCGAAUGACCUCCCUGUUUACACGAAUAGGCACCCUUCCCUGUAACAAGUUAUCUUUCUUAGUAAGUGACUGAAACUCAUUAACAUCCUCCUGGAGAGGACGCCUGUCAUUCGCAAGAUAACCUCCCAGCAAGCUGGAAUCCAUGGCUUGGUAAUCUAGAACAACAAUCAGGUUAAGUUUAAGAACAUAACAUUAGCUAAUUGCAGUAAAUUCAAAGUACACUGUACCAUCCCUGCAACUGCCAAACUUUGUAAAUUGUAAUGGAAUGUGAAUCUGUGUAUGGUAACAGUUUGGUUUUAGAUAUGAAUUGUAGAUGAGAAGCACUUUUUUUACUAGAUUCAGUAUAAUUUAGAUGUCAUAUAUUAACUACUGAUAUUGAUGACUUCUUUGCAUACACAAAUGACUGACAGCUAACAGACUUGACUUUCAUUUUGACCAUCUAUGCCUCACGUUUCAUAUGUAGCUGAAAACUUGUCAGGAAUGGAUAGAGUGUAGGCAUGGGACAGGGGGGUGUAAGUUUUUAAUUGUGCAAUAUUCACACUUAGUUUGCAACAUUUUCUUUGUACUUAAAAGUACUAAUGUAUAAACAGGCGAGUAUUAAGAGACCUUGACAGGUGCCAGGUGAACUAUAGGAUUAGUAGCCAGCAUUGAUAAAGUUGGUUCCUCAUAAACUGUAAAAUGUGUUGAUUGUAUUUAUAAGAAUUGUAUCCGAGUACUGUAAAGUGCCCGAGAAUGAUUUGUUCUCAUCUAUACAGGGCACUUUAUCAAAUACAUAAUAUUAUAUUGGAUGAUCUAGGUCAAAAUUAUAUGAUAAUAGUCUGAUCACCUCUUUCACAGAUCUGAAGGAGUAGAUUUUCUGAACUACUGAAACUAUUAUGAGGAUCUUUCUGUAUACCGCAUCCAUUCUGUUAAUUGAUAACCGACGCUGUAUAAGAAAUUAAUAGAUCUUUCAACCUUCUGGGUGUGAGUUUCUGUAUUUCAGAUUUGACAUUUUAUUGCAGUCCUUGGCCAGUAUUUAGCUGUUCAGUCACCAUACACAACAUUGCUUACAAUUAUAGGCACUAGGACACCUUACAAUUAUAGGCACUAGUACACCUAACAAUUAUAGGCACUAGUACACCAGAUUUUCCCUCAUACAUUGUAUGUUUACUAUGAUGAACUAUGAUCUUAUGUGUGUGUUGACUGUCUGUAUAUUUCUUAUUAAGCCCAGUCUGACUUCAUGUGUAAUGCAGAUGUGCUAGAUUACUUAAACUUUGUGGAGUUACUUCCCUUCGACAACUUCCAGAUACCUGGUAUAUUGUUUUUCGUCGAAAUAUGAGGUAGACUAUCAUAGAAUCUGUAUAAUUUUACUGCUGGCUCUAUAUGUUUAUAUAUUUAUUAGCUCACCUGGCACGAAGUGCCAAGUGAGCUUAUGCCGUGGCGCAGCGUCCGUA